CGGGCGGGCUGUAGGUCGUGGUAAACCGUUUUGAGGUUAUUUAUUUGCACAUUGGCGCAAAAACCUGUUCUUCACCUUUUGUCUAUGCUUCAACCGAGUUAAUUAUAACCUAAAUUAAACCAUACCAUUUCUCAGUGUCGUCCGCUCUUCACUGGAGAGGGGACGCGUCGCAAACGUGACUAUUUACAUAAUAUUUUAUCGUAACUAUAUCGGUAUCGGUAAAAAUAGAUAAGUUAGUGCCGUCUAUUUCGUUCAAGUGGAGUGAAGAGGACAGAUAAUGGUCGUGUUGUGAUUCGCUUUUUAAAAGAGAAGAGAUCCGUAGGCGUCAGCUAACGAUGACUAUAAGCAGAUUGGUGGUGAUAUGAUCGGAAUCAGUUUUCUUAGAAUAGGUCGUCAUCGUCUGCUGUCAGCCUGUCUCGCUGUCUACGUGGUUUUCGUUCUGGGCAAGCUAUGGCAUUCCACGGAGGUCAGCAGACCCUUCCUGGUGCCGUUGCCAGUCGACAAAAACCUGGACCACUUCAGGAGAAGCAGGAGCUUGAAGAACUAUAUUGAUGCCAUCCAAAUCCUGAUAGAGCCAUCAACGACAGCGUGCGAUGGUCCAGAACAGGUGUCAGUGUUGGUGUUGGUCACCAGUUCACCUUCAAGGGUGGACCAGAGGGCGGUCAUCAGGAGUACCUGGGCGCAGCAUAUGCCGACAUACUUCGUGCUCGGCACUGAAUUGUCUGGAGAUGAUAGUUUUUCAGACGUUUACCUCGAAGCGAAAGAAUACGGCGAUAUGGUGGUCUUCGACUUCGAAGACCACUAUCAGAACUUGACGCUGAAGACUGCCCUGAUGCUGCAGUGGUCUGCCAGGAGGUGUCCGCAGGCAGAGUUCCUCUUUAAGACUGAUGAUGAUGUGUUCGUCAACCCUUGGAUGCUGAGACAGGUGCUCAAGGAUAAUCAGGGCGCGAAGGUUCUUGGAUACAUGAAGAACAACAGUUUUCUCCACCGGGACGCGUACAAUAAGUGGUUCGUGCCGAGGUGGUUGCGACGGGAGGACCACCUGCAGGAGUACCUCUCGGGGACCGGGUACCUUAUUAGUGGUGAAUACACGACAAAAUUACUAAAAGCAGCCAACGAAGUGCCAUUAUUAAAUUUAGAAGAUGUAUAUUUUACUUAUUUAGUUGCUAAAGAAGCCUUGAGCCUUAAUUUGACACAUGAUAGGAGACUAAGCCCUUACAAACCCUGGAUUCCCUUCGCAUGUUCAUAUUUUGGACUCGCCUCGGCUCAUAGUCUGAGUCCAGAAGAAAUUAAAUUAGCCUGGGACAAAUUAGUUAGUAUUGUGAGAGAGAGGGGUGAUUGUGAAAAUUAUGAGUAUUUGUGCCAUGAUUGGUUUUUGUAUUGAUAGUGAGUAAGUCUAAUU